UUCCCUCUUGUUUGCAGAAUUCGAUUUUUGUUGUUUCCACCUGUUGAUCCCUUUGCAUGCAUUGUCCACAGUUUCGUGGGAACAGUUCCUCAGACGACUGUGUUUUGUUCGCUAACUUAUUUGCUUCAGCCUUGUGCAAUGCCUCUGAUUUGUGACUGCUUCAUUCCCAUCGAUGUGCACUUGCCAUGCGUAGAAACUUUUUCGUGGCACCUAACUUUAUUUCUGCAGAAUAUCAUCCAUGACUGUUGUUUCAUUUUCGAAUGAUCUUGCCUUGAGUUGAACGAGGAAUACUUCAGGUUCAAGGUUGUUUUAAAGACAUUCUGGUGACACUUCUUUUGACGUAGGCUACCACAUGCAAUAUUUCAAAUACUUGUCUAAUGAGACAAAACAUCAAUAGUCAUUGUUGCCUUUAACAACUUCAAUAAUGCAACGUAAACAUAUGAAUGUGAAUAACCUAAUAUGUUCCCACUUGACAUGCACAACUGCAUAAAUUCGGAGAGGUCUGCAUAUUAAAUCCUUACCUUAAAUCCUCUUUCCGGGCAACUCUUUGUGCAUGAAUGACCUGUUUUGCUUGUUUGUCUUAAACUUUUGCUCAACUAUGAAAAUUGUCAUCUGUCACCUGGUUAUCUCUCACCAGCUCACAGGUACACUGAUAAUCAUUACAUAGUUUGCUGUAAUCUGGGGAUACCAUGUUACGGCUCAUUAGACCCCAGAACCAGAGCUUGAGGGGCUGGUCUUGUAGUCAGAAACGUUACCAUCACCGCAAAUAUGUGAUGGCCAUCCGCCGUGAGGACAUCAAUGUAUGGGAGCGGCGGGCACCCUUUGCCCCACGGCAUGUGAAGGAGAUUACUGCCGCAGGACACAAAGUGCUUGUACAGCCCUCCAAUAGACGGGCCAUCCAUGAGAAAUACUACGAAAGAGCUGGAGCCGUCAUUCAGGAGGACAUCUCUGAGGCAUCCCUUAUCAUCGGGGUCAAGAGACCACCUGAGGAGAAGGUGUACCCUCAUAAGACGUAUGCUUUCUUCUCUCAUACCAUCAAAGCACAAGAGGCAAACAUGGGCCUUCUUGAUGACCUUCUCAAAAAGGAAGUCCGCCUGAUUGACUAUGAGAAGAUGGUGGAUCCCAACGGCUUCCGCAUUGUUGCCUUUGGUCAGUGGGCAGGUGUAGCAGGUAUGAUUAACAUCCUACAUGGCCUUGGACUGCGCUUCCUUGCCUUGGGACAUCACACACCGUUUAUGCACAUUGGGAUGGCACACAACUACAGAAAUGUCAGUCAGGCUGUACAAGCUGUGAGGGACUGUGGGUACGAGAUAUCUCUCGGUCUCAUGCCCAAGUCGAUUGGCCCUCUUACAUUUGUUUUUACUGGAACAGGCAAUGUCUCCAAGGGUGCACAAGAAAUUAUAAACGAGCUUCCCUGUGAAUUUGUGGAGCCCCAUGAACUGAAGGACGUCUCUUUAUCAGGAGACAUGACCAAAGUGUACGCCACUGUUCUCAGUCGACACCAUCACCUGAUCAGGAAAAGCGAUGGACUUUAUGACCCACUGGAAUAUGAACAUCACCCUGAGCUCUACACCUCCCACUUCAGAGUCAGCGUGGCCCCUUAUGCCACUUGUCUGAUAAAUGGGAUCUACUGGGACCCCCAUACCCCCAGGUUGCUCCGCCGGCUCGAUGCCCAGCGGCUCAUGCGACCCAUCAAGCUUUCAGCCCAUGCAACUGAGGGCUCACCUGGUCUGCCCCACAAGCUGCUGGCCAUCUGUGACAUCUCCGCAGACACAGGAGGCUCCAUCGAGUUCAUGACAGAGUGCACCACCAUUGAUAAGCCAUUCUGUAUGUAUGACCCAGACCAACAUAUAGACCGUGACAGUGUGGAAGGCAGCGGCAUCCUUAUGUGCUCCAUUGAUAACUUACCUGCUCAACUGCCUAUUGAGGCUACAGAGUACUUUGGAGACCGAUUGUUCCCCUACAUUUGGGAGAUGCUCCCGUCAGAUGCAAAUAGACCACUUGAUGAAGAGGACUUUUCCCCACAAGUGAAAGAUGCAGUGAUAACAUCUAACGGGAAACUAGCUCCAAAGUUUGAAUACAUUGAGAAACUUAGGGAAAGAAGGGAAUCGGAGCAGAUCCUGAAGAAAGGUGGAAUGAAGCGUGUUCUGUUGCUUGGGUCUGGAUAUGUGUCUGGACCGGUCAUUGAGUACCUGACCCGGAACCCUGGCAUUCAGGUCACUGUAGCCUCGGUGCUGUUGAGCCAAGCUGAGGAGCUGGCCAGUAAAUACCCCAACACCAUUCCCGUCAUGCUGGAUGUGACCAGUCAGGAGGGCCACAUGGAGUCCCUCAUCAAAGACCAUGACCUAGUGAUCAGCAUGCUGCCGUAUGGGUAUCACCCGGUGGUGGCCAAGCACUGCAUCCAUAAGAAGGUGAACCUGGUCACAGCCAGCUACCUGAGCCCAGCCAUGAAGGAGCUGCAGAAGAGUGCUGAGGAGGCUGGUAUCACCAUAGUGAAUGAGAUGGGACUGGACCCUGGCAUCGAUCACAUGUUGGCUAUGGAGUGCAUUGACCAGGCCAAGGCAGACGGAGCCACUGUGGAAUACUACACCUCUUUCUGUGGGGGUCUCCCAGCCCCAGAGUGCUCAGACAACCCGCUGCGUUACAAGUUCAGCUGGAGUCCCUACGGCGUUCUCCUCAACACCAUCAGCCCAGCCAUCUUUCUCAAGGACAAUGAGGUGAUCAAUAUCCCAGCAGGAGGUUCCCUGAUGGAGUCCACUGUGCCGAUGGACUUCUUGCCAGGCUUCAACCUGGAGGGCUUCCCCAACCGCGACAGCACCAAGUAUGCCGAGCCCUACGGCAUCCAGUCCGCCCACACACUGGUCAGGGGAACAUUGCGCUUCAGGGGCUUCUCGCGUGCGAUGAGUGGUUUUGUGAAGCUGGGCCUGAUCAACACAGAGCCGUGCCCCAUGCUGCACCACACUGCUGUCCCGGUGUCAUGGAAAGCCCUGCUGUGCCAGCAGAUUGGGCUGCCCUGCUCUGUUGGGGAUGAUGCCUUUCAGGAGGCUGUGUACGAGCGCAUCGACAAGGACGACUUCCGCAUGGAAAUGCUGAAAUGGUUUGGAAUGUUAAGUGAAGAAGCAGUGCCCCAUGCUGACAGCAUCCUGGGAGCAGUGGCUAAGCACCUGGAGGCCAGGCUGGCUUUUGACCAAGGUGAGAGGGACAUGAUCAUCAUGAGGAAUGACGUGGGUAUCAGGCACUCUUCAGGAGAGCUGGAGACCAAGCACAUCGGCCUGGUGGUUUAUGGGGAGCCGAACGGCUUCUCUGCCAUGGCUAAAACCGUGGGCUAUCCUGCUGCCAUCGCUGCUCAGAUGGUUCUUAAUGGUGAAAUCACAACAAAAGGGCUUGUCGUGCCGAUGACCAAGGAUAUCUACGGCCCUGUUCUCACCAGACUGAAGGAAGAGGGCCUCCAGUUCACCACCAAAACCACCCUCAUAGAGUAGCCCUGUGUGAAGCCACUCUCAUUAGCACGCACGUCUGCAUCAGAGGGGGAGACAGACCACACACCCAGUAUAUUGUUCCUUUCAGCACACAGCCACAUAAGAAAACGUUAUGUCAGCCUUGUCCCUCUUGGGAACUCAGACAUAUUCAUUUCCAUGCUGCCUUCUUUGAGUUUGACCCAAACAGACAAAUAGAAAAGACACCACAGACCUGUACACGAUGCCGUAGAGACAGAGGAAUGGCUAGCACACUGGGAGACUGAAAAAUGGCUUUACAGAAUUUAGUCUGUCUGAUUAAAGGGAUACAACCAGAAAACAUUGAUUUUGCUUUUCACUACAAGUACUGUAUGUUUCCAGUCAUGAACAUGCGUUAUUUAUCAAAUUAAUAUUGAAGCCUUUUGAGUCAAAUCCAGACACUACUUGUCAAUUAAAAUAGUUAGACUGGAAACAUACAGUACUUGUAGUG